AUGGCAAUAUCUAGAAGUAAAAUAAGGCAUUUAUUUGCAAAUGCAACAUUACAAUCUUAUUAUCCUAAUUCUGAUAUGUUUAAAAUUCCAAAGGUAGGAAAUGCACCAAGAUUAUAUAAUGGUUUAGAUCCAAGAAAGGUUCAUAAUUAUCCAUGGGUUAAUAUGUUUAAAACAAGAACAAAAAAAGAAACUGGUUAUCAAUAUGGGAAUUGGGCAGGUCCUUCUAUUCAUGCUAUGACACCAGAUGAAUUAGUUACCUUUUUUAAUAAUAAAGAUUAUUUGAAACAUUUUACAUACAAACAAAUUUUGAAGGCAACUGUAGGUCAAUUCCAAUUUUUAUUUCUUUUGGUUGGUUCAUUAGUAGUUACUGUUUUACCAAUUUUUAUUUUUACUAUGUAUAUACAAAAAUUUGAACCAUUAGAAGUUACUAUGGAUCCUGAUGAAUAUUACAAACAUUUUCAUUGGCACUAUUAUGGUGGAGAAAUUGAUCAUCAUGCUUUUUCUCAGUAUCUUGAAGCUAGAAGAGCAGUUAGAUAUAGAAAUGCUGAUAUAAAUCCAGUUGAUUGGAUACCCCCAGAAUACAGAAAUGAAGAAGAAUAA